CACACGUUCUUCGUUACGGCUCCGUCUUUGCGACACUUCCGAACGCUUUACGGCACUGUUGACAUCCGCUCGCCACGGAGUCCUCGCGCGCAGUGUUUUCCUUUGGUGAAGGUCCAUUUGCGGUCCCGGUUCGGUUUUCAGCCCAACUCGGAAGUAGAUGAGUGUCUUUGAUCUGUUUCGCGGGUUCUUCGGGGGUCAUUUUCACGGCCGAAGAGACCCGUUCUUUGACGCCAUGACCCGCGAUGAGGAGGACGAGGAGGAGGAAGAUGAUGGUCUCCACCAGGAGGGCUUCACGGGGGGGCAGCUGGACCCCUUCGAUGGCGCCUUCAGGUUCGGUUUCAGUCUGGGUCCGGACGGGAUGAGGGUCCAGGAGCCGCCGAUAUUCGGCCACAUUCUCCGGGAGAUGGAGGAGAUCUUCUCCCAGAUGGGUCGCUGGGAGUCUGGACAGCUGGAUCUCCCCAGGGUCACGCCUCCCCCAGCAGCUCCGGAAAAGGGCGGGAAUCCUCUGCGGGACUUCAUGCUCAAACACCCGGACCGGGACCCGCCGGCCCCCCACGCGCCCCCGCACGCGCCUUUCCACGGCUGGCCCCCCCUCCCCAAAGAGCCGCUCAGACCCGCAGAUGAGGAGCUCCGAGUGGACCGAGAUCUGGACUCUGCUGUGUCGUCUGGGGGCCUGGAUCAGAUUUUGGCGCCCCCUUCGGAUCAGAAACCGGCCCAGCCCAGGACCCGGUCCUUCUUCCAGUCGGUGGUGGUGUCCCGGGUGGUGCGGCCCGAUGGGACCGUAGAGGAGAGGCGGACGGUCCGAGAUGGUCACGGACACGAGGAGACCACCGUGACCCGCUCAGGAGGUCCGAGGAGGGAGGAGGAGCCUGAGCAGACCGCACCUGUGCUGCCAGGUGGAGCUCAGCACUUCUCAGACCUGCGGGACGACGACUCGUUGUUCUCCAGGUUCUUCGGAGGCUUCAAAUGACCCGAAUGACCCUCUGGACGGCGCCGUUCCCCUCACACCUGGAUGAACCAACGCCGUCUUGUUGAAGAGAGUUUAGGAGCCGUUCUGUUUUAUAUCCAAGGAUGUACAUAACCAACAAAUAAAGACCUAAUUUAUUUAC